AUGUUGCUAUCUUUAUAUGAUGAUGAUCCAUUAACUUUGAGUCAAUCAAAAGUUGAAUAGUUUGAACUUAAACUCACUUUUGACAUUUAAUUUUUAUUAUAGGUUGAUUUCAAUUUUAAUACUCCUAAAAUCUAAAUUGCAAUGUAAAAUCUCAACUUUAAAGAGUAAGAUCUAAUUUAAAAGAAAUUCUCUAAUUUUCUACUCUCUGGAGAAGAUAAUGAUUUAGCUGAAUAAAGAUAUUAUCUUCAUUUACAUCAAAUUGCACAUAGAAGAAAAUUACUAGUUAAAGAAAGAAAUAAAAUCAAAAAAGAAGAAAUUGAAAUAUUAAAAAAUGAUUAAUUAAUGAAUACUAGAUAUUAUUCAUAAACUGAGAGUUUUAUUAAUUAUAAUAUAGAAAAUCCAAUAUCAUUAUUAGAUAAAAGAAUUGAAUUAUAGUAAAUUAAAAAAGAUAAAACUCAAUUAAUUAUUAAGAAUUAAAUAAGGGAAUAAAUUGAAGAAGAAUUAAAAAUAUUAAAUGAAAAUAAGAUAUAAGAAUUAGAAAAUUUAAGAAUCAAAAAACUUAAAAAACUAAAUCUUAAAUCUAUAAGUGAUAGAGCACAUUCUUUUAAUCUUAAAACUUAAUAAAUUGCAAAAAAACAUUAAUAAAUAAUUUAAUUAGAAGAACAAAAAGCAUUUCAAAGAUAGAAAGAAAUUCUUUAAAAAGAUUAAUUUGAGUAAAAAUUCUUUUAUUUUUAGAUAAGAUGAUUCAGAAAGAGGGGUUCUAAAUAAAAUUAAAUAAAAAGAAAAAGAGCUCAAAGAAUUACUCAAAUAAAAAUAAGUCAAUGAUAAAAUUAAAUUAAUCAAAUAACAAGAAAUUUAAUAAUGUAGUGAUUUAUAUACAAAGAUAUAAUCUAAAUUAAAUAAAUCUUAAGUAAAUAGACUUAAUUAUUAUGAUAAUAAUAAGACAACUAUUCCUUAAAUAAUUCAUUCUCAUCACAAAAUUGAAGAAACCCAAAAAGUUUUAGAAAAAUAUAUCUAAAAAUAAAUAAGAUUUAUUAGUAAUUCAAAAGAUUCUUAAAGAUAAUCUAAAUUAAAAAAAAGAAAAAAUUUCAAAUAAAAUAUUAAUAUAGAAAAAUAAAAUAAUCAUACAAAAAUUGAGGAAUCUAAUACUGAAAAAAAGAGUAAACAAAUAUCUCCUCAGUUAAAUAAGAAAACUAAGUCUCGAAGUUUAGUCAAUUUAGAAAAGAUUAAUCUUUAAUAAUAAGAAAGAGUCAAUAAAGUAUUCGAAAAAUAAAGAUCAAGCAGCAUUCUCUAAUCUUAAAUAAGAGAAAAAAAAUAAAUUCUUAGAGAAGCAAGCAAAAGUAGUUUUUAAUAAAGAAAUCUAUUCUAUGAACUUUAGAAUGAUUUAUCUAAAAUUAAAAAAAAUGUUUCAAAAGAAUUUUUGUUUAAGUAAAUUUCCAAAUUGGAUUGUUUAGAUAUAAUAAAUAAGUAUUAUAAAUGA